GAAAGGCUCCGCACGGCAGAAUAUAAAUCUGUAUGUUAACAGGACUAAAGCUCGGGGGUCUUGAGGUGGCUUUAGUGCUGAUGCUGCUCGGGGGGUGCUUAUAAAACCUCAAGAGGUGGUCUUCUUUCUUAACUGUGGAUCUGUGCAAAAAAGGAAGUGGAACCCGUGGAAUCAGUGAACGCCGGUGUGUCAGGCACGGUGGUGGGCUGGUCGGAGGUCUCUGACCCCCUCAUUUUCAUUUCUUGGAAGAAAAGAGAAGCGCUAAGAGACACCAGAGAAAAAGGAAGGUGACAGCGAGGGACCAGUGAGCCAUUUCUCUCUUUAUUACUCUCAUUCAGAAAACCAUUGCAGCCUAUUAUCAAUGCGAUGUAGAGGCAUUCUCUCCGAUUGGAGGAGGAAGGGUCCCAUUGACUGCUGAGGCUUAGCGCCCCUCUUUAAACGCUAGUCCUUUUCAUCUCAUUCCCCCUCUCAUUGCCUAUAUCCUUCUGUCUGCUGUUUUCUGUUCUCUUUCCUUGUCCCUUUCUUUUGACUCGACUCAGGAAUCAGGAGACAUUGCGUUUUUUUUUAGAAGUGGGUGUUUCUGUCAUUGUUAUUGGUGCCUCUGCAAAGGACAGCUGAGCGUGGAGAGUGAGAGACAGCUUUGGAGAUAAUAAAACGGCAAACUGAACGAAAAGGGGGAACCUGGCACUCCAGGAACAGCUGACAAACCAAUGGCAUGCGACGCACGAUGAAAAGAAAAGUGUUACAGAGUCUGACAACCAUUUUAAGGUAGCUAUUUACUGAAAAUAUUUCUCCUUCUUGGAAGAAAAAAAAGAGACGGUGUGCCAAACAUCAAUGGUUACAUUUUGCUUUUCCUGUUGCUAAGCGAAGUCUCUAACCUGAAGUUCGUUGAGAGUACUGAGCAUCACUUUACAGCCAUGAAAGGAAGCUCACAAGAAAGCAUUGAAAGUGUCAGGCCCUCGAACCUGCAAGCAUUUGCCAACAUAUCCACCCUCCAUGGCAUGAGUCACAUAUUUGCCUAUGGACAUAUGACAUUUCGUCGAUUUCUUUGGACUAUUUCUUUCUUGGGCUCAUUAAGCUUACUGAUGCUGGUCUGCAUGGAUCGGGUGUCGUAUUACCUGGAGUAUCCUCAUGUCACCAAAUUGGACGAAGUGGCAGCCACAAACCUCACCUUUCCUGCUGUCACCUUCUGCAACCUCAAUGAAUUUCGUUUCUCCAAAAUCACUAAAAAUGACCUUUAUCAUGUUGGAGAGCUCCUGGCCCUUCUUAACAAUAAUCACCAGAUCGCCAACCCACAUUUGGCUGAAGCUGAGGUUCUGGCUGUGCUAAAGGAAAAGGCGAACUUCCAGAACUUCAAGCCCAAGCUCUUCAAUAUGACAGAUUUCUAUAACCGAACAGGGCAUGACAUCAGUGACAUGCUUCUGCAGUGCACCUUUCGGGGAGAGGAAUGCUUCGCUGUAAAUUUCACCACAAUUUACACACGCUACGGGAAAUGCUACACCUUCAACUCAGGGUUAGAUGGCAACCCUCUGCUGACCACAUUGAAAGGAGGCACAGGGAAUGGCCUGGAAAUCAUGCUGGAUAUCCAGCAGGAUGAAUACCUGCCUGUUUGGGGGGAGACAGAUGAGACAUCGUAUGAAGCAGGCAUCAAGGUUCAGAUCCACAGCCAAGACGAGCCACCCUUCAUUGACCAGCUGGGAUUCGGUGUAGCCCCUGGUUUUCAAACUUUUGUGUCAUGUCAGCAGCAACUGCUUCAGUACCUCCCACAACCUUGGGGAGACUGCAAGUCCACACCGAUAGACUCAGAAUUCUUCUCCACGUACAGCAUCACUGCAUGCCGCAUUGACUGUGAAACCCGGUACCUGCUGGAGAACUGCAACUGCAGAAUGGUUCACAUGCCCGGUACUUCAACAGUUUGCACACCUGAGCAAUAUAAAGACUGUGCUGACCCAGCUUUAGACUUUUUGGUAGAGAAAGACAACGAUUACUGUGUCUGUCAGACCCCCUGCAACAUGACUCGCUAUGGCAAGGAGCUGUCCAUGGUAAAGAUCCCCAGUAAGGCAUCUGCUAAAUAUCUGGCUAAGAAAUUCAACAAAACUGAGCAAUAUAUUGGAGAAAAUAUAUUGGUGUUGGACAUCUUCUUUGAAGCUCUAAACUAUGAGAAAAUUGAGCAGAAGAAGGCCUAUGAAAUUGCAGGGCUUCUCGGUGACAUUGGAGGUCAGAUGGGGCUUUUCAUUGGAGCCAGUGUUCUAACAAUACUGGAAAUAUUUGACUACCUAUACGAGGUGUUUAAGGAUAAGGUUCUGGGUUACUUUGUGCGCAAGAAACGGCCGCAGCGUUGUCAGAGCGACAAUCUGGAGUUUCCAGAGAACCCAACCAGCCCUGGUGUCACGCCUAAUCAUGCCCCCAGAGCACAUGUGACACCCUCCGGAGUCACUCGGACAGUCUCGGAUUCACGCCGAACAUGUUACCUCGUCACCCGACUUUAGGCAACUUUGAGGAAUUUGCUUGUUGAUGACGCAACGCAGGGGCUGGGGCACAUUUUGAGACUUGACGGCAAACUGUGAAAUAAUUUGUGCAUUCAACAGAUAAGCAUUAAGUGUAUGCUCAAAAGCAGUCUGAUAGAAAUAGAAUAUCACCAUCAACACACACAAAAAGAGACCACUUCCAAAACAGAACUCAGGUUUAACACCCAUGUGAAGGGCAUCAAUGUUCAUUUCAUUCACGUUUCAUUUUGUAUCUUUAGUUUUGUUGGACUGUCAUUUCAAAUCAAACAAUCCUCACAGACAAAUCUGUCUAAAAAUGGGUCUACAAUCUAUGUUGAGUUUUGUAACAGCAUUAUGUCAGUUUUGCUGUGUAUUAAUUAAGAAAACAACAAAUAUAGGGACUGGUACGUGCAAAAGUGUUAAUUGUUUUCAGGUCUAUAUGUCCCACCACUUAAACCAGUGCUGUAUUGAAUAACCAUAUACUUUUAAGAGGCAAUUGUUGGUUGAAAGAGCUUCUAAAAUCUGAAUAAGAAUACAUGACUAGUGUUGCCUUUUGCUACAUUGAGACUAUUAAAUGUCUCUAAUUAGACAACUGUGCUUACUUGACUUUGAAAAAGAGCAGGAACUUCAAUAUUUGUACAUUUGUACAUUUGCAGUAUGUAUUGUUUUACAAUUACUAUGUGACAUAUUGAACCAAAAUUUAAUUCAUUUUAAGUUGUUUUUGGUGAUGAAAAAGGCAUUUGAUUGUAACUUCAGCUUAUUUAAAAUUUGUUUUGGAAUUUUUUUCUUUUUUUUUGCAUUUUGUCCCAUUUUGUUUUUUAUUUAAUUCUCCCUCCCAUUUAAAGGGAUGCUAUCCAAUUAUCAGUUCAAAUAACAUACACAUGAUAAUAUGUUUAGUCACUGAAUAGACAGAAUCUUAAAAGCACAUAUCUGUAAUUUAAUUCAUCAUAGACAACAAGGACAUUUCAGCAAUGCAUCAUGUCCAAUACCAAAAAUAUUCUUUGUCUGACUCACAUACCAGAUUUUUUAUUUGCCAAACUUAAUUACUCCUUUCCAGAUUUUUCUUCUGAAACAGAAGUUCUACCAGAACACAUGACCUAAUAAGUUAUGUUUCAGAUAUUAAUUGUGAAUUACAAAAUUAUUCUGACAUUAAGUAACAUGUGGCUCUAAUAUUUACAUAUAUUGCAUUGGUACUUGAAUAAAAUUAUCUUUUUUUUUCCUUUUUUAUAUGAACAUCUUGGACUGAAAUUUCUAUGUCCUAUACGCAGUCUUUGAAUGAACUCAAUUGUUCAAGUAAUAUUUUGCUGAAAUGAUUUGAAAAUUAUGUCAGGCUAACCUGCUGUAGCAGCCUUUCAAAGCAUUCGGCAUGCAGAUGUGAGCGAAUCGUACAGACAAAUUGGAAAGUAUAGCACUAGAAAACAAAUGCUAAUAUUGAAUCAUCGCAAUGACAUUUGUGUAGCAUUCACGUAAAUUUUGUAGCAGUACAGAAUAUGUGCCAAAUAUAUUGCUUUUCUGAAUUGUGACAGUCAUGGAAGAAAAAUAUGACAUCACUAAAAACAGGCUGUGGCUGCCUAGCUUAGCUAGAGAUAAAGUUACUAUUGCUGCAGUGCCAGACAGGUAAAAAGGUGAUUCUGCAACUUUUGUUUUCUCAAAGUCACAUAUUGUCAUGCACCAGUGAAACAUAAUGCUGAUAUGCAAUAUUAUGAUAGGUUUUAAAUAGCCCUGUACAUUUGAAAUGUUCUUCUUGACUUGAAAGAAUUGGACAAAGGAUAUUUGCGAUAGGCAUCCCGUUUAGCAACUGAAUGGGAAAUUUGACAAAAAAAAUUUAAAAUAUAUAAAAUUAUUUUAAAUCUUUAAAAAGUAUAUAUAAAAACUCAUUUGUGAGAAGCUAGAUGUAAGAAAAACAAUCUUGAUUGGCUAUUGUAAGACAUUUUGUACAAACAACAGCAUUAAAACAAACAACUAACAAUGUCUUUUUAAAAUGUUAUGUUUAAAAGCUUAAAAACUAUUUGGAGCAUAGGAGAGGUUUGAUUAUACAGUGGCCUGCCUUUCUUCACUAUAAACGAGAUGUUCUGAUCACAGAUAAAUGUAAACCAGUCCAAGAAAUACAAAGUUAAAUAUUGGCACUGAAAUUCAGAACAAGAGUAAGAUAUGAUUUGACGUUGAAAGAAAAUACUUUAUUUGCCAAAUGAAGUCAUUGAACACAUUAUUACGAAUUUCUAAUUUCAAGUUUCAUCACUAAUUUGUAAUUCCUUGCACAAUUUAUUAAUCUUUACAAAACUUGGUAGCUUUAAAACUUAAUUGUAUUUUAUUGGGAUUAAAUGUGAUAGACCAGCACAAUGUUCAUAUUUUAAGGUGAAAAGGCAAAAUAUUUUUCGACAUUUGGGCGCUGUGACAUUGUAGCCACUAUAUCAGACAAAGAAUUUAAGAUGACUAUUGUAAAAAGAAUAUCAGAUGAAGAAAUUGAAAGAGCUUAAACAGGAUUAGCCGAAAGAAAAUAAAAUAUGUAUAUUUACCAAAGCACCCUAUUAAGUCUGAUUCUCAGUUGUUCUACAAAGAAGAAUAAGGAGACAUUGUUAAUGAGAGAUAUAGUUGGUGGUGAGACAUACCCCUAUAGACCUGCAGCUAUAAUUGCAGUAUUGACUCAGGGUGGCUAAAUACAAAUGCAAGUCACAUUUUACAGAUCAAUUCAUUUUUGCAUCUCUUACUUUUAUCUAAAACUUACGGACUAAUUUUGUCUAUCAUUUAAAAUCGCAUCGAAGUUACCCUGACAUUGAAGACUCUAGUGUAAAAAUACGUGAAGUGGGAUAAAGCACUGUAAUAUUUUGGUUGUUGCCACAUUUGUUGUCUGAAAAACUACCAAAACUAACACUGUAAUGGGGAAAAAAUAAAAUAGCAACAGGGACAACAAAAGUGACAUCUUUCACUGUGAAUGAACAAGAAUUAUGCCAGAUGAUACCACAACCGAAUGCAAAAAUAGUAAAAGGUAUUCUAAACUUUUAUUUAACUGAAACUUGGAAACAAUGGUUUUUCACAUAUUUACAAAUAUGGAGUCUCAUUGGGUUAUGAAUAAACACUUUAUUCUGGGAGGUAGAGCUGAGUCUCGUAGCCAUAUCAGCUAAAGUGAAAAAAUUACUUUGAGGUGAUGAAAUUUCCAUAAUCACUUUCAUCUCUGGAGAAAAAAAAAAAGGUAGUUUUCAUAAAUGCAACAUUGAUUUCACUUGAACAAAAACCAUUUGGCUUGCUGCUGCCCUUCUUAUUUAACCUGUUCUUCCAUCAUAGUGUCUUAAAGGUAUUCAGCAGCACAAUCCCAUGUGAUAGUAAUGUAUACACUACUAAGAAGAGUUUAAAAAGACUGGUGACAUUCCGAAACUUGAUAGAAACUUGUAAAUACCUGCAGUCAAAUGCUAUAAAAAAAUAAAUAAAUAAAGCAUUGCAUUUUAUCAGUAUUUAUUAACUGAUAAAUACACAUAGAUAUUAUUCUUUAUCCAUUAAUAGAAUUUGGAUUCUACAUCUUUUUGGGGAUUACACGCUGACUUAUAAAAUAAUUUGCCUCAAACAUCAUAACCAUGCUUCACAGCACUACUCAGUUUGGUUGAUUUAUUAAGAGCUACAUUGUACAAAUUGACUGACCACUGUAUACAAACAUUAUAAUCCCAGAAAAUGUAAUAAGUCACAAAUAAGAGUUUGUGAUGUAUAAAUUAUCUAGUAUAAUAAACUAUAUUUACCAAUUCAUGCUUAAGUACAUAACUUUUAUCUUGGUGUCAUGCUUCUUCCUUUGUUUCAGGUAUUUAAGUCCUUGUCUCUCAAAUAUCGGACCUGUAGGUACUGAGCAACCUACAGGUCUCAAACCCACCUUUUUCUUUCUUUCACAUGAAAGGUUUUAGAUGUAACAGUUUCAUUUUAUGGUGUUCAAACAGCUGUCGUGUUAUUACUUUGUAGUUUGUGUCUUAGAUGACUGUUGAUGUGAAGCACAAACCCUUGGAAAUUAGCCAUCUCUUGAAAGCCAAUGAUGGGAUGUCUGUGAUCCUGACAGCCUUGUGUGGCUCUAAUUUAAAAUGACACACACUGUUAAAUAUGAUGUGCCGUAGGCUCUGACAACAGGAACAGGAACGGAGCUACUUUUAAGGCAGAUCUUUUAAAAGGUUUUACAUUUUCAGGACAAAAAAAAGAUAAAUGGAGUUGCAGUAAAAGCAAUAAAGGUAAAUGUGGUUAUGAGAAUGGUGUAAAAAGAAAAAAAAGGAGAGGGACUUGAGCUACAUGAAAAUAGGUAAAUGUCAUUAAAUUAGAAUAUUGUUGGUGAAUUUAUUUCUGUAAUUCCAUCCAGAAAAAGAACUAUUUCUAGCAGGUAUUGAUUUUAUUGAUAUAUAUAUAUUUUUUUAUAACUCUGGUCUACAAAUCCAGUAUACAUAAGUCCAGUAAAAACAUUUUCAUUUUGAAAAUGUUAUAUCAUUAUCUACACAGUCGAAAAAUGUAAUUGCUGAAAAAGCUAGUUAUUCCGAGUCCCUUAUCUGAGCAUUAUAUUGGAAAGAUAAAUGAAAAGAAAAACCUUUAGAGAAAAAGGUGCACGAGCAACAGGGUUGAUAGACUUGAGAUUAUAAAACAAAUUGUUAGAACAUUACUGAACCAGAGACAAUGUCUAAAGCAUAAUAUCCAGGCUUAAAAAGAGACCUGAAAGUCUUCUUUUUAGUUGGAAGUAUGUUUUACACUACAAGUAGCUAUCGAGGUCUCAGAGUCUGGAGGAUAUGGCACAGAAUCCAAGUUGCCUGACAAUCAAUUUAAAGUUUUGAUUGUCAGCUAUAAUUUGGGGAGUCAUGUCAUGUGCUAGUGUUGGUUCACUGCCUGUUUUCUAAGUUCUAAGUCAGCACAGCCAGCUAUCAAGACAUUUUACAGCACUUUAUGACUCUGCUUAAAAACUAUGAGGAGAUGGUUAUUUUAUCUAUCCUCUAGACUUGAAUCCAUCCCACGCUACUUUAAUUACCAAUACUUGUUUAGUGAUCAGAAUAUUACUAUACUCGAUUCACCAUCAAGUAAAAUCUUCGGUGAGGCCUUAAGCCUCACCGAGAAUAAAGAUUACAGUAAAGAAGAGAAAGACAAUCACCAAACUUAACCCAGCAGACAAGCCGAAGGUUGAUAUGAAACAGCCUGCAUUCCUUAACACGUCAGUAGAGUAAUGCCACCUCAGUGCCAUAAUGCAUUGAAGCAGGAACACAUGCAAAAGAAGACCUGACCUACUGUAAAGUACAGUACAUGAACGUACUUUUCAGUGGGCUGUUUAAUUUCUGCAUUAAUUGUUUUUGUUGGUCUUAUGUCCUAAUUUUACAAAAUAUUUUUUGGUAUUUUUAUUAGCUGACAGUCAUAAUCUUUAAAGUCACCAGCGGUAAAUGUUUAAAUAUAUUACAGUGGUUAACUUUAUGGAUGAUAGAAUUACUGAAAAGAAUUUAUUAAUUACAUUCUAAAUUAAUGAUAUUAAAUUAUUCUGCAUAAGUAGCAGGAGUGGAUGUAAACAUAAAUCUACCAAUUGUAACAAAGGUAUGAAGGUGGCCAUUGUAUAAAAACCAUUACCAUCCAAACAUUUAACACAGAGGUGCCAAUUAUUGUUACACUAUGAUGCUGCUCUGAUGCUGCUGCAUUGCUCUGAUGGAUUUGGGUGGGAGUUAAGUUUCUGGGGGGGAAAAAAGAAAAAAAAAACUGACUCGACUUUUCUGCAUAGAGAUCCUAGAUGAUGGCUUUGUUGGAAGGUCCCGGGUCUUUACCUCUAACCCCAACCCCUGCCUUAUUACAUGUAAAAGAACAGCAGAGUGUACCUGAGCUGGCAGAAAUCAUCAGUGAACUUCAUGAAAUUGAUAUUUACUGCAUAGCUAUAGUCAAAAUACAAGUAUUCUAAACAACAAAACUAUUUUAUGCUAAUAUUUUACAGCAAAUCACACAUUUUCUCCUUGCAUGAUCAUUAUGUAUUCCUAAUAUAUCAGAUCUAUCAAUGUAAUGAUAGCUAUGCUGUUCACUUUGUAUUGUCCAUGGUGUAUUUCUGGAGUCAGAUGAAUCAAAAAGGGUUUUCAUCACAUCUUUAUGAAAUGUAUUUGACAAUAAUACACACAAACCUCUUAGCUAUUUAAGCAAAGGUUGUUAAAAUAUAUUGCAGCUUAAAUUGAAGCUAAGGUGUGCCUUUAAGACAGAUUCUGACAGGUAAUAUCAUUUUAUCCUACCCAACACACACAUCACAAAUAUCUGGAGACCUGGAGUUGUUUCAUCUGGCUCUACAUGCACUCUGUGUAUUUUACUGUAGAUAUGUGAUUUUAACUCUGUAUAUUAAAUAGUUAUUACACACUUGACUAUGUGGUUGCCCAUGAAUUAAAACAUUUCCUCUUUUUAAAGA